CUUCCUCGUGGGGUGUCAGUGCCCGCCGCGCGUGUUCUCUCCUGUCCUGGCAGCGACCAUGCAGCCUGCUGAGACCUGGUCUGUGUUUGAGGCUGCUCAGAACGCAGCUUUAAUGGAUGGACUUUGCCUUAUCACUCAAUCAACAGGAGAUGUCACCCCUGUGGUAGUUCCAGUGCCUAAAGGACCGGAUCGACCUAGUAUGGUCCUAGAGGUGUCUGACCGGAUGUAUUGCUCUGCCUGCUCAAGGGCCUUUGACAAUCGGGAGGAGCAGACUGAACAUUAUCGACUAGAUUGGCAUCGCUUCAACCUAAAACAGCGACUGCUGGGCCGACGGAUGCUCACAGCUGAAGAAUUUGAGGUGAAAACUCAAGCAGGUGAUGUCUCCAGCAUCUCUGGCUCGGAUUCCAGCAACUCGGACUCGGACAGUGAAUCUGAAUCACCGUUUUACCAGAAUAGCGAAGACAAAGGGAGCAGUCGUCAGAGCCCUUCACCACUUCCACGCUCUCAGCGGGUUCUGUUCAGAAACUCCCAAGGCCAGCUCAUCUCAGUCUAUCGCUGUGUGCUGAACACUAUGAAGGGCACUAUGGAAGAGCCGGCGGAGCUAGUGGCAUCCCUUCAGAGGCAGAGCCCCGGGACGUCCUGGGUCAUCCUGAUGGCUGGCGGGGGACACUUUGCUGGAGCUGUCUUUAAGGGGAAUGAAGUGCUGGAGCAUAAGACUUUCCAUCGGUACACAGUGCGAGCUCGCCGAGGUACAGCCCAAGGGGUGAGGGAUGGCCAAGGAUCUAUGCCUAAAUCUGCUGGGGCUUCCUUGCGGCGCUGCAAUGAGGCUGCCCUGCUCAAGGACAUUCAGGAGUUGUUGGCCAGCUGGGCAUGGCAUAUACAAAGAGCUGAGUGCAUCUUCCUUCGAGCCCCUUGCAGCAACCGGGCUCGUUUCUUUGGCAGCAAAAACAGCCCUCUUCAGCGAGAUGACGCCCGUAUCCGGGGCAUCCCUUUCAGCACCCGCAGAGCCACUUUCCAUGAGGUGCAGCGAGUGCAUGGGGCUCUGAGCAGCUUGCAAGUGUAUGGAAAGGACACAGCAGUGGCAGAUCUGAUGGGUUCUCCUCGAAAGGUCUGGAAAAAAGUAGUUCCUUGGGACGAAGCCUCUUCGCAGCGUCAAGACACUGUCUCUCCCGCAAGGUCAGAAGAGGAGGAGGAAGAGGAGGGAAGUCUAACGCAGCUGGAAUUGGUGGAAGUGACACUAAAUACACUGGAACUGCGUGAAUUUGAGGCGGUGCCAAAACGGAAUCGCAAGAAGAGAAGGAAGAAGCCAAAAGUGGUGACAGAGUCUUGCUCUGAGAGUUUGGGAGAUGUUGAAGAGCCCAAGACCUCAUUGUCCAGAAGAGAGAUCUCAACUGAGGCCCAGAAGCAGCUGGAACCUGAAGACACUCCCAGCAUAUCACUGCAGGAUGCCUUGUUCACAGCCUGUAAGGUGGGAGACAUGAAAGCCCUUCAGCGUCUUCUGGGGAUGGCCGAUAAUACAGCAGAUGAGGGACACGAGUGCAAUGGUUUGGACCCACAAGAGUUGCUCAACACCCCUCUGGAUGAGAGUGGCUGGACCCUUUUGCAUGUAGCAGCAGCAGCAGGAAGAAGUGCAGUUGUGCGGCUGCUGUUGGAGACUGGGGCUGACCCUGCCCUCAGGGACAUACAAGAACAGCCUCCAUACUGUGUCUCUGCUAAUAAGCAAACUCGUGGUGAAUUCCGCAGGUUCAUGGGUGAACAGCCUGAGAAAUACGAUUACGUCCGGGCUCAGGUGCCUGGACCCUUAACAGCUGAAAUGGAGGCUAGGCAGGCAGAACGCCGCCGAGCGCAGAAGGCCCAGCGGAAGCAGCGUGAGAGAGAGGAACGAGAGGCACAGCAGCUGUUGGAGCAAGAAGAGGAUGAGAAAAGGCGUUUUGCCUUGCUGAGUGACCGUGAGAAGCGUGCUCUGGCAGCAGAGAGGAGACUUGCUUCCCAACUGAAAGACUCUGGUACAUCUUUAAGCAAUACCAGGCGCUGCUGGCUUUGUGGGGAAUCACUGCUGGGGCGCAUUCCAUUCCAUUACCUUGACUUCUCCUUCUGCUCUACAAGCUGUCUGCGCGCUCAUCGGCAAGGGAAAACUGCCCCAUCCUAGCUGGGUUUUUUGGUUUAGAUACCAGUGGACCGUACUUGCUAUAAUAUGAAUGGAAAUCCUACUAAAUGACUGCCGUCACUUGGGUGAGAGAAGGGAGGACAAACCUGAGUAGCCGUUUCCAUGUGUCCCAUAGGAUGCAAACCUGGUACUUAUUUUUCUCCCUUUUGAGCUAGAAGAUUAUUUUUAUUGGUGCAAAGUGGGUGGUAAGGAUAUUUGACUGUGUCCAGGGAAAAGAAUAUAGAUACCCUCUUCUCUGAAAACAUCUCCUUUUCUAGAAGUGAAUGUACCAAAACUUGGGAGAAUUGGCCUGGAAUUUAGUACUGUCUGGAUAUUUUUCGGGGCCAGAACCAGAGUUAUUUGAUCACCCCUCCUUUCCUUAAACAGAACAAUGGCUGCUCUGUCUUUGUGAAAUGUAUGGCAACACAAGUUAUGCAGGAUGCUUUAAGGACCAAGAUAAAAACCAUGGUCCCUUUUAGUGUACAGAACAGCGAAUUUUGCUCUCUGCUACUGAUGUUGGAUGUAGGUUUAUUUGUGCCUUUUCACCACUAUUAGAUGCCUCUUUGUGUCUGUCUUGCACUCAUUGUGUAAACCCCAUUAUUUUCACUGCGUCGUCUGCCUACCUUCUAACUGGACCUGUAAAUUUGUUCUUCCUCCCUAAAUCUUUUCUUCCCAACCUCCUGAUGCACAGUGGAGAAAUAUACUGAACCAGAGCCAUGCCAGGUUCAGCGUAUUUCAGUAUAUGUUUAAUUUGGAGGCUAAUGCCUACAAUACAAUGUUAGGUACUGAGAUUGUGUUCUGCUAAGCGGCCGUGUACAAGAUCAGCUGUGAGUCGUACUGUAGGGAAGAGUCUGAGUACAUAAACCUUUUU